UGGUGUGCAGCGUCUCACUUGGUUUAACGAGAAGGAUCAGAAGUGACCCUGGGUGCGAGUGUUUAUAGAAUGAUGGCGGAGGAACUUAUCUACCGUGAAUACUUUCACAAUUAUCAUCACGCAAUGGACCAACAAUCGGUGGCAUUUAGUGAAUUCGUUCCACUGGUACUGGACUGCAUCCCACCGUACGAUUUGAGUCAAUAUAGCAGUGACAACGAUUGGGCGAUGGCCAGUCCCGAGAGUUGUGAGUCUGCGAGUCCUGUUUACAACCCUGAUCUGCCACUGACAAACUCUGAUCUGCCCCAGCCAACGAUCCCAGGAAAAGUAAAAUCUGCAAGUGGUCCGUUAUCAAACUCGGCGAAAAUCUUGGACCAAAUCGUACGUUACGAAGACAGCAGCAGCAGCAGCGCUUCGGAUAGUGAUAUUCUCAACAACAGUGACAUCCCGACAAAGAUCAAGAUCAAGCGGGGCACGGUGGUUCCUACGGUUAUCAAGCGGAAGCGCCGCCUGGCAGCCAAUGCUCGCGAACGCAAGCGAAUGCGGGGCUUGAACGAGGCAUUCGAUCGACUCAGACAGCAUUUGCCCUCGCUGGGGGAGGAUCGGCAACUAUCCAAACACGAGACGCUCCAGAUGGCGCAAACCUAUAUCACGGCGUUGUGUGACCUGUUGGUGUGAGCGAGGUGAGCGAGGCCAGUGAGAGAUGGACGCUGAUGGAUCAACCCAUCGAUCGCUUCGAGAAUCGAGUCAUUAAUUUAAUUCUGUACAUUGUUAGCCGAGUUAUGCCUAGUGAAAAUUUGCCUUU